GAGCAGGAAAACCUCUCAAUAUUGUACAUACAGAAAAGGCUACACAAUUGCGCGAAAGAGACUGCAGCCAUCGUUUUGAAAUUUCCGCAGGGUAACAUACAUCUUCUAGCUUGUGUGGAGCUGAUUGCCGUAGCGGCAAAAGCGCGUGAAGGAUGCCUGCCUCGAGGGAGCCGGAGCAGGUCAUCCUCUCUAGAUGUGGGGCUGUACUUGGCAAGAAGACGGUGCUGAAAAGUGACCACUUUCCAGGCUGUCAGAAUAAGAAGCUGAUGCCCCAUUUGGAUGGGGCACCGAACUACCGGCAGGUUGGCGACCUCCCCGUAUAUGGCGUUGCGAUCCCGACCGCCGCCGGCAUUCGGCACGUUCUUGACCAGAUUGGGUGCGGCCCCGACGCCCACCGCCGUGCGCUGUGGCACAACAUGCGCGAGGAGCCCGUUCUCUACAUCAACGGGCGGCCCUUUGUGUUGCGCGAAGUCGAGCGGCCGUUCACAAACCUGGAGUACACGGGGAUCGACAGGGCGAGAGUGGAGCAGAUGGAGGAGCGGCUGAAAGAGGACGUGCUGCGCGAGUCGGAGAGGUACGACCACAGAAUCAUGGUCAGUGACGAGCUCCCCGACGGCCAGAUGGUCGACCAAUGGGAAUCCAUAACCCCUUCCUCCGUCCAGACUCCGCUUGAAGUGUACCAGGGCUUGCAAGAAGAGGGUUAUCCCGUUGACUACGAGCGGGUUCCGGUAACCGACGAGAAGUCGCCGAAGGAGCGCGACUUUGAUCUGCUGUUGCGGCGCCUGGCAAAUGCACAUCCGAGCACGGCGCUCGUGUUUAACUGUCAAAUGGGGCGGGGGAGGACGACGACGGGGAUGGUGGUCGCGUGUUUGGUGCACUUGCGGCGGACGAUCUUUGGGGGCACAGCCGUGCCGAGCGGGGGGCGCGUGCACGAGGUGACGGAGGAGAGCAUGCGCAACGACGUGGCGGACACGACCGAGGAGGCGCUCAAGCGGGGCGAGUUCACGGUCAUCCGCAGCAUGACACGUGUCCUCGAGGGGGGCGUUGAGGGCAAGCGCCACGCGGAUAGCGUCAUCGACAAAUGCUCAGCGAUGCAGAACCUGCGGGAGGCUAUUUUCGGGUACCGCAGCAGCAUCGUGCGGCAGGUGGACGAGAAGAAGCGGGAAGCCGCGCUCUCCGCAUUUGUUGAGUACCUGGAGCGUUACUACUUCCUCAUCUGCUUCACCGUGUUUCUGUCCACCGACGCGUUUGCGCGCCCGACGAGCCCCGUCAACGGCAAGCACUGGGACGGGAAGGAGGGCGGCUUCCAGAUGUGGAUGCGGGCACGGCCAGAGUUGUACUCGGUACUACGAAGGCUACUACGGCGGGACCCAAUGGGCGCUCUCGGUCUCAGCAACAAGCCCCGCAUGCGGCGCAGCAUCACCGUCGGCGAGCAGUCCGGUGCGGACAUGGACGCGGUAGUCUCUGCGCGGUCCGGCGAAGUGCUCGGACGGAGUACGAUUCUCAAGAGCGACCACUUCCCAGGCUGCCAGAACACCAACCUGCCCGAGAAGAUCGAGGGCGCGCCCAACUUCCGGGAGGUGUCCGGCCUCCCGGUUUACGGCGUUGGCAACCCGACGAUCGACGGCGUGCGCCGUGUGCUGCGUCGGAUAAACGACGGCGGCCGGCGGCCGGUGCUGUGGCAGAACAUGCGGGAGGAGCCGGUGGUGUAUGUUAACGGGAAGCCGUUCGUGCUGCGCGAGGUGGAGCGACCGUUCAAGAACAUGCUCGAGUAUACGGGCAUCGAGCGGGAACGCGUGGAGCAGAUGGAGGCGCGCCUGAAGGAGGACAUCCUGCGCGAGGCGGACCGCUACGAGGGCGCCGUCAUGGUCAACCACGAGACCGAAUCCGGGGAGGUGGUCGACGUCUGGGAGCAGGUUACAGCGGCCAGCGUGCGCACGCCGCUCGAGGUGUUCACGGAGUUGCAGGCGGAGGGCUUCCGGGUGGAGUAUGCGCGCGUCCCAAUCACGGACGGCAAGGCGCCCAAGAGCCCCGACUUUGACGCGCUUGCGCGCAACAUCGUGCAGGCUGGAAAGGAGGCUGCCCUUGUGUUCAACUGCCAGAUGGGCCGCGGUCGUACAACAACGGGUACCGUCAUCGGCUCCCUCGUGCACCUGCGCAUCGCCUUUGGGCGCCCCCUGCGAAUGCCCCCAAUGCCGCAGGGCAGCAUCGAGUACCACGACGAGGGGUCCAGCUCGGGGGACGAAUUAUACGAAGAACCGGGCACUUCACCAGCCGUGACGCAGACUCCUGAGAGCGCCCAGAAAACUCCUCCGGGGGAAGAUUCGGACGGUCAGUCACAGGCUGCCAAGAACGCCCAGGGGGAUCCCCCAAUUGCCGAGGGGGACCCCCCCGUGAAAGUACCUGGGGACCAGCCAGCCCAGCCGCAGACUCCUGAACCCGUUCGGGGGAUCCCCCCGGGAGGGAAGCCCCCGGCGCCGACCCCUCGACGGGGCUUAAGUGGAAAUUACUUUGCAAUGGACGACAUUGGGGUGAUAAGGAAGAUUGCGAGGCUGCUGGAGAACGGGGCCGAGUGCCGGAGUAUUGUGGACCAGGUGGUCGACCGCUGCGACGCGAUGCAGAACCUGCGCGAGGCGAUCCUGCACUACCGGCGCGCGUUCAACAACCAGGGCGAGGUCCGGGCGCGCCGUGCGGCGCUCAACCGCGGCAUUGAGUACCUCGAGCGUUACUUCAUGCUGAUCAUCUUCGCGGGCUUUCUCGGGAGCGACGACUUCUCGCCCGACACCGCGCAGACGGGCGGCGUGUUCAAGGCGUGGGUGCAGCACCGCCCGGAGAUCCGGCAGAUGAAGAUGGGCAUGCGGCUGCGGCCAGCGCGCAUCUUUACUGCGGCAUCGGACGCUGGCUGGCGGCGAGCGACUGCGGCUGCUGAGAUCGAGGACGGGCGGCGCUCCCCUAGUGGCGGGGAGGCCGCCAUGGAGUCGGCGGUCCGAAGUAGAACCGGGUCCGUGCUGGGGCGACAGACCAUUCUCAAGUUGUACCAUUUUCCCGGCCAGAAACGGACGCCCAUUACGGAGGAAUUGGGCAUCCAAGGGGCUCCGAACUUGUGCAAGGUGGAGUCGCUCCCAGUGUACAGUCUGGCCACGCCCACGGUCGAGGGCGUGCAAGGCGUGCUGAGCCACAUCGACGCUGCUCCAGGGGGGUCGAAACGGGCGGUGCUGACGGACCUGCGGGAGGAGGUCGUUGUCUACGUCAACGGGUUGCCGUUCGUGCUGCGCGAGCUGGAGCAGCACAUCCAGGCGAUGCACUACGUGGGCAUUGAGGGCCCCGUAGUCGCCGCUAUGGAGGCGCGCCUUAAGGACGACAUCGUGGCCGAGGCGCGCAGGAACCACGGCCGCGUGCUGCUGCACCGCGAGGAGGCGCGCAGCAACGUGUCCGAUGUUGACAUUGUGGGCUAUUGGGAAAAUGUUCGCCCCGAGGCGGUCAAAACUCCCGCGGAGGUUUACGCCGCGCUCCGACAGGGGGGGUACAACAUAGACUACGCGCGGAUCCCCCUGACGCGAGAGCGCUUUCCCAAGGCUUCCGACGUGGACCUCAUACAGAACCGUAUGGACGGUGCGGACGACAGCGUCCAGUUCAUGUUCAUCUCCCACACGGGCAUUGGGGGCGUGGCAUACGCUAUGGCCAUCACGUGCCUCCGCCUCCAAGUCGAGGCGCAGCUGCACGGCCUCCCGAAACCCCCCCCUCCCGCUCCGACCCAGCCAGUAAGCCCGCUCGUCCCCCCCUCGCGAAACACGCUCGAGCGCGUCGUCUCCGCGCAGUCGAUCAUAAGCGGGCGCAUCCCGAGCUACAGGAGCGGGGAGCUGCCCAGCUGGCGGAGCGGCGACUUAUCAAAAGUGACCCCCGAGGAGGCCGCGUUGCGGGCGGGGGACUACCGCGACAUCCUGAGCCUGGUGCGCGUGCUGCAGUAUGGGCCGCAGAGCAAAGAGGAGGCGGAUGAGGUCAUCGACAGGUGCGGUGUGGCAGGCCGACUGAAAGACGACAUCUACUACCACAAGCUGAUGCUUGACGCGUAUCCGAGCAAGCAAGAGAACGUGGACGAGCGGCGAGCCUCACUGACUGAGGACGGAAUGAAAGCGCUUAGGCGAUACUUCUAUCUCAUUGCCUUCUCCUCAUAUCUUCGCACUUGCAAAACAUUGGACGGCAGGUCUGGGUCCAAGGCGCCAAGCUUUUCGUCAUGGGUUGAGGCACGCCCGGAGUUGGGACAUCUGUUGAGCAACUUGAAGCUGCAAUAAGCUAUUACCUCGCUCGUGAAUUGCUCCUCCUGAGCUGGUAUUUUAAGUUCCGACCCUAUGAUGCUGAAUUGCACAGCUUCGAAGCUCUGCUUGUGGGGUAUGUGAAGUCAAAUUUCAUUGUGUUGUCCCGAUCAUGUAAUUGUGUAAUCUGUGCAAAUGUGACACUCCACUGCAGACCAGUUAAUGUUUGC